GCCCCAAAGAUACUUAAAUAGCUCUCUUAUCCUCACCUGCCACCCUCCUAACUCUCUCUCUUCUUCUUCUAGGCUCUUCUACCGCUCUCUCCAAGGGGUGGCCUGAGAUCACGUACAAAAAUGGGGAAGGCUGUUGCUGUUCUUGGUGGCACAGAGGGUGUGACAGGCACUGUGUACUUCACCCAGGAAGGGGAUGGUCCUACUACAGUGACAGCAAACAUCUCUGGGCUCAAACCGGGGCUUCAUGGCUUCCAUGUUCACGCUCUGGGUGACACCACCAAUGGUUGCAUGUCUACUGGGCCGCAUUUUAAUCCUGAUGCAAAGGAACAUGGGGCACCUGAAGAUAAGAACCGCCAUGCUGGUGAUCUUGGGAAUGUGACUGCUGGCGAGGAUGGUACUGUUACUUUUAGCAUUGUUGACAACCAGAUUCCCCUCUCUGGACCAAAUUCUAUUGUUGGAAGGGCUAUUGUUGUCCAUGCUGAUCCUGAUGACCUUGGGAAGGGUGGUCAUGAGCUUAGCAAAAGCACUGGAAAUGCUGGUGGAAGAGUUGCAUGUGGCGUUAUCGGCCUGCAAGGAUAAGUUACCUAAUCCGGAUUUCCAGGUAAGUUUGUGAGAUGAUGAGAAGGCCUAUGUAAUGUACUAAGACGCAAAGGCAUGUUUCCUUUUGUAAGUUGGUAGGAAAACAUUAGCGUGACUAAUGCUGAAUAAGAAAGCUUGUGGAUUUUGGACCUACGUGCUGUAGCAUUUGUGUUGUGUGCUGUCACGUCCUAUAUCUGCUGUUCCUAGACUCUAGCAUAUAUUGUCUGAUGACAUCAUGGAAGCAGUUGCAUUUUCUCA